GCGACCGACGCGCAAACUUGAGCGUCCAGCGACGGAGUCGAGUCGAACCCAUCUCGCGCGAAACCCCGAGCCACGCCCCCGCGCAGCACAUGCAGCACCGUCGGACCCCGCGCGUCGCCACUCCCACUCCGCCGCCGCGAUGCGCGACGAGCAGAAGACCAGCGCCCCGCUCGAGACGCCACCCAGCGCCUCGCUCGAGACACCACCCAGCGCCUCGCUCGAGACACCACCCAGCGCCUCGCUCGAGAGACCACCCGCGCCCGCCGAGAGACCACCCGCGCCCGCCGCCCCAUGGGACACAGCACGGCUGCCCCGACGGCUGCUCAGCGACGCGCUCGCGGCCGGGUGCGCGGGCGCGCUGGUGGCGCCCGUCAUCACGGUGAUUGACAAGGGCAUCAUGGAGAACGCGAGCGGGCGGCUUCCGCUGGGCGAGAGUCUGCGGACGAGCGCGCGGGAGAUGCUGAGCAGACCCGCGCGGUUUGUGGGCAGCAGGCCGUUUGCGCUCAUCUUUAGCCUCUACUUUGGCACCUACCUGACGGCCAACGCCAUCGACACGCUCGCCUCGGCGCGCGCCCACACGUCCUACAGCGCCACCACGGCCGGCAGCACCAAAUUCGUCGCCACGUCGAGCGCCAAUCUGGCCCUGUGCCUGUACAAAGACAGCCAGUUCACGCAGCUCUUCGGCGCCCGCGGCCCCGCCCGCCCCGUCCCGCUGCCCACCUUUGCCCUCUUCACCGUCCGCGACUGCCUCACCAUCUUCGCCAGCUUCAACCUGCCGCCGCUGCUCGCGCCGCGCCUCGAAGGCCACAUGUCGGAGCAGCUGUCCCGCUUCGUCGCCGCGGCGAGCCUCGCGCAGUUUGCUACCCCGGCUGCCAUACAGGUCGUGAGCACACCGCUGCAUCUGCUGGGGCUGGACCUGUACAACCGUCCCGCCGCGCCGCUGGGCGGGCCCGACGGGCGCGUAGGACAGGUUGUCAAGAAUUGGGCCAAGAGCGCCGUCGCGCGCAUGGGGCGCAUUGUGCCCGCGUUCGGCGUCGGCGGGGUCGUCAAUACCAAGGUGCGCCGGGGGCUGAUGGAGGGGCUGGAGUAGUGGGUGG